CAGUGCACAGUCGCCGCCGCUCCGUUUCCAAGCAGUGAGGUGGAUAAUGAAAGCUGUUUUCAGCUUCUCUUGUUACACUUUCACAGACUGAAUUUGCUACAAGACACAUAUUUUAGCUGCACAACACCUAACUGAGUCGCUAGGCGUAGGUUUAGAAUGCCUUUUGAAGACUUUGAAGGUAGUGCUGUGUCUUCUUGAGCUUCUCCAGACAUCAGAGAGAUCUGCAGAACCUAGAUGUUUGGACAUGGCCGUCCCCAUAGCCGUGUUGGACUGCGACCUUCUGCUACACGGCCGCGGCCACAAGACCCUGGACCGCUUCGACAUCCACACGGUCUCCGAUGACUUCCUGUUGACCACCUUUGGCUUCCCGAGGGACUUCAUCUACUUCUUGGUGGACCUGCUCGGGGACUCGCUGUCCCGCCGCACCCAGAGGUCCAGAGCCAUAAGCCCCAGUGUGCAGAUCUUGGCCGCCCUGGGCUUCUACACCUCCGGCUCCUUCCAGACCCGCAUGGGCGACGCCAUCGGCAUCUCUCAGGCUUCCAUGAGCCGCUGCGUGACCAACGUGACCAAUGCCCUGGUGGAGAAGGCCUCCAGCUUCAUCGGCUUUGCCCGGGACAACUCCACCAAAAACCAGUCCAAGGAGGACUUCUACAGGGUGGCUGGGAUGCCUGAUGUCCUUGGGGUCGUGGACUGUGCUCACAUUGCCAUUAAGGCACCCAACGCUGAAGACCUGUCCUACAUCAACAAGAAAGGGUUCCACUCCAUAAACUGCCAGCUUGUGUGUGACUCCAGGGGUCUUCUGCUGAGUGCCGAAACCCACUGGCCUGGAAGCCUGUCGGAUGGCGAGGUGUUCAAACAGUCAUCCGUGAGGAGCUUCUUUGAAGAGCAGGAGAACCAUGAAGGAUGGCUCCUAGGUGACCGCCUCUACCCUCUGAAGAAGUGGCUGAUGACGCCUCUGCAGUACCCAGAAACCCCUGCUGACUUCCGUUACAACAUGGCGCAUGCUGCCACCCAUGAGAUCGUGGACCGCACGUUCCGAGCCAUCCAGACCCGCUUCCGCUGCCUAGAUGGUUCCAAGGGCUACCUGCAGUACUCUCCGGAGAAGUGUGCUCGCAUCAUACUAGCCUGCUGCGUCCUUCACAAUGUGUCGCUGCAGUCAGGACUGGACGCGUGGACCUUCGAGAGGACGGAGACCCCGGAUCAAUCGGAGGAGGGCUGCGAGCAGGUGGACGCCCCUGAUUCGGAGGCUUUCCGCAUGCGCCAGGAGCUCAUCAGCAAUCACUUCAGCUAGGUGCCAAAGCUUUCCCCUCACCACCCAACCAACAGAACCUUGCGAGCUCAUGGCAGCCAUCCUAGCACAUGGGAUCAUGGGACCUUGGCUUUGGUUAUUGCCAUGGUUUUGGGUACCUUUAAUGAUUCCUCCACUUUACGCAACAUGAGACAGGAGACCUUUCCUUUUGGGGUUUGACUUUAUCUGUUUGUGUUUACUGUAUCCAGAAGUGAUCGUUAUACCAGAACACUUUAUAUAUGUUUGAAUAUACAGUGUGUGACUGACUAGCGGUCCAAAGCAUGUGUACAGAGUUGGACUUUUCUUUAUGAAGUAUGAUUUUAUGGAAAGAAACUGAUGCCUGAAUGGUGUUAAUGUAUUAAUAAAUAGGGUAAAGAUUUCAAUACUGGAGUGGAUAUCUUAAUCUACAUAUGAAAAUUAGUCAUUCCUCAAGUGGCUAUAAUUACAGUAUAAAGUUAAACUGCCAGCUUGAUAUUUUCCAGCUGU